GAAAAUACCAUCGAUACGAUCGUCAUCGUUCUUAAUGAGCGAAAUUCAGAUCGCUCAAAAAAGAAAAAAAUAAUUACGAAAUAUCAGUCAAAUGUUCUUCGUCGGUGAUGGGUUUCAGUUGAUCUCGAAAAAGUGAUAAAUCGUUUUUGUACUCGAAACAAUACAAAUGGCACCUCGUGAUGAGUUGGAAAAAUUAAAAAAAUUACUCGAAAACCAUGUCGCCAGUUCGGAUGCAAAUAGUUUUCGCCGAAAUGUCGCACAAUUUUUGGAUCGAUAUGAAAGCCAACUCGAACCAGACGACCAUGCUGAAUUGGAACAGCUACUAAAAAAUAUGCGAACACCCGAAAAACUUAUACCAACCUAUCAUGAAUUUGUUCUGUUUAUCGUUGUGUCAAUUUUUAUGAUAUCGAUUUUUGCAUUUUUCGGCUAUAAAUUGUACAAGUCAUUGACGGAUCGACAACGAAGACGUGAGGAAAAAUUGCGAGCCAAGAGCGCCAAAAAGAAGAAGUAAACGUUUCUAGUAAUUAUGAGAAUCUGACGCAAAAUUAUACCAAAAACCAAAUUAUCGUGGCAGAAUAUUUGACAAAUUAAUAUCCGGAAAAUGCAUAAAAUUAUCAAUUAAAACAAGGCGCCUACAGAUCAUUCAUUCGAUUUUUUUUUUUUAAACAAAUUUACAACAAUUGCUGAUGGCAAUAAUGUAUUUCUUAUCAUCGCUUUGACUAAAUGUCUAUUUAUAUUACACAAUAGCCGAUUAUCUUGAAGAUUUAUUUCCAUCUAUUUUUAUCACCAAACGAAAUAAUUUGGUAGUAAUCUUUUACAUAAAAUCAAAACUUCCAAACUGUUUGCAAAACUGCGAAAACAAUUCAUAACAUUCCCCUAUUUAUGUAAGAGAAUUUAAAACAAAACAAAACAUAUUUUUUGUAUUUAUAAAUGAAAUGAAGAAACAAAAUAGUAAAAUAUAAUCAUUCCGAUUGACAUAAAGAAAA